AUGUUUGCUCUUGAUGGUGGACCCGGAACCAAUCCACUCUCAAAGGUAUUGGAUGUCAUGCUGGAGACGGUAACUGACAACAAGUUCUGGACCGUCAAGAAGGCGCAUUUACCUCCCUUGAGAGAUCUCCUCGCCGGGUAUGUCCAACUUCUCAGUCGCGGGAUGGAGGUUCAACCCGACAUGUUAAAAGAUCCCACAGACAGUGGCAAGCUUGGGUGCGCAACCGCUCGAUGCUUGAUCUCACACUCCCUAACCGCGGGAGCCAUUGCGAUCUUUAUAUAG